AUGGCCUGCCCCAUCACCAUCUCCAAGUUCGUCGGCACGGUAUCGCUCGGCCUGCUGACGGGCCUAUCAUACUCCACCGCUACCAUUACCAUCCCCUCCCUCCAGCUCCUACCGACCGCUACCACCGCCUCCCGCUGCCUCAAUGAAGUGAAGCGCCUCAACCGCAAGCAUGCGUUGCGACUCUCCAGCCUUGCCAAUACCUGCCUUCUUUUCGCAUAUUGCGUCUCUCCUCCCCGCCGUCAACAUCCAUUCCUCGUCUGGAUGUGUGUUGCGUCCACAGUCAGCUCCUAUGGCCUGGACCUCUGGUUCAACCGACAGAUGGGCCUGAAGAAUUGGUUCUUCAGCAUCAUUUACGAUACUACAUGCGUGUCGCUAGGCAAGCAGUCAUCGGCCAAGAAGGAUGAUGAUCUCGUUGUCGUCGAAGCCGAAGAGGAUGUAAACGGGGAGAGCGUCCGGCGCGAGAUGGACAAGGAGCGCCGCCUACAACGAGCUCGGGCCUGGCUCUCGGGCAUUGCCUUGUCCGUGGGAGUUGUCGGUCUGUGGGGAGAUAAGAAGUGA